GGUUUUAGUGCUCGGUGCAAACAUUACCAGUUAGUUUCUGUAUGUAUAAUUUCUAAGAAUACAUAAACGGACGGCCAACCUUAAUUCGAACCUAAAAUACCACAUAACGGAAUUUUCUUUAUUGUUUCUGGAUUUACAAUUGACUACUUUUCUAGUUAAUGUUAACCACUGUAAAAAAAAAAAUGAACACCGUAAUGAAGAAAACAAAGGUUCCGCUUGACAAACAGUAAGGAACACGAACUGGAUUGCUGCAGAGUUGCAGGAAAGAGGGUCGUCCAUGGAGUCGCUCAACACGUUUGAAUCUGAGAUGGAGCCUGACGGGCAGGGAAGCUACUCUCUUUUUCCUGCUUUGGACAGUAUUGCAAGUCUUUCUGGAACUACAGAGACUCUAGAGAGUGAACCUUCAAGUGAAGUUGCAGAGAAACCGAACCUCACAUGGCUAGAUGCUGCCCAGAUCGUUUUGGAGGAAGCUGGGCGCCCCAUGCAUAUAAAGGAGAUUAAACAGAGAAUCAUCGACAGGGGACUUGUUCAAUCCAAUGCAAAAUCAAGCCUGGAAGCUGUCAUGUACCGUGAGACACAAAAAGGCAGCAGGAGAUUCAAGAGGAUUGAAAACAGAAACGGAGUCUUUGCACUGCUGACUGAUGAGGAGCGGCAGCAGGCCCUGCAGGCCUUCACUGCCCAAGCUUUCCUAAGCUCACCCCUGCAGAAUGCCAUGUCCAGCUCUGGCUCUGGUACUUCUGCCCCCGCCUUCCCAUCUCCCACUGGUGCUUCUGAGCACAAACCCAAGAUGAAGAGGGGCCAGCGAAAAAACCAGAACGAAAAGUACAGACUCAAAUACCUCAGGCUGCGCAAAGCUGCUCGUACCAUGAUAUUUGAGAACGCAGCUCUCUGUGAUGAAGUUGCCCAUUUAGAAGAGAAGUUUCUGAGAGCAAAGGAGGAGCGUAGAUUCUUACUUAAGUCGUUGUUGCAGUACCAGUCUCUCUCAGACGGAGAAAUACUGCCUACCCCCAGCUCAAGCACUCUUCCACCUGUGCCAUCUGUGGCGUUAACCUCGGGUCCUGCAGGGACUUCAAGCCUCCCCACGGCCCAUAAUCUGACAGCAUCUCUAUCAACAGGAGAAGAGGGACUGCUUAAGAAACCUAAGAAGGAAAGGAAAGAACGAGGAAGGGAAAAUGGAAAAGAAGAACUUCCAAAGAAGAUAUCCAAGAAGAAGAAGCUGUUCGAUGGAUCCCGGAAGCUGGUGCAGCCCAUCCCCCUGGACUCAUCUGGGCGUCCCGUCUUUCCCAUCGUGCUGGGAGGUUUAACUGUCUACAGUCUGGGAGAGAUCAUCACAGACAGAAUGUUCUUCCAUGAUGAGUGUGCGAUCUACCCAGUUGGCUUCUGCAGCACACGUGUGUUUGCCAGCAUGAAAAACCCUGAACAGCAGUGUCUCUACACCUGCCAAAUUAAGGAUGGCGGCACAGGUCCACAGUUUGAGAUUGUGCCAGAAGAAGAUCCUCAGAACGCCAUCGCGGCCUCCUCCGCCCUGAUGUGCCAUUCGAAUCUACUUAAGGCCAUCGCAUCUAACAGUUCCAAGUCUGUGGCACCAAUCAUGCCAUCAGGAGCGGAUUUCUUUGGCUUUUCUCAUCCCACCAUCCAGAAUCUCAUCCAGAGUUGUCCUGGAGCUCGUAAAUGCAGCAACUACAGAUGGAUUCGUUUUGAGGUGUGUCGACACGGUGACGGCCAGAUCCCUCACAGCUUAUCGGAAGACGACGCCUCGGUCAAUUUCGAAGCCUACCAAAGACACCAAAGCCUCGAUGGGAACAUCAAGACAGAACACAUCACAGGUCAGACACCACAGUCUCCGAAUUCCUCUCAUCAGCACCACCUGACCUCGCCCACCAUGAAGCCAUCUACCUCUUAUUUCAGCUCCUGAGAUUCAGGUCUCUGAAAUUAAGACCCCAUCCAAUCUUAAUCAUUGUAAAUAACUAUGAAUACUUGCAAACUUGACAGACCAUUGCUUUCCCCAGUCUUUGUUUUUCAGCUUAAAACCUCAGAAAACCAACACAUUUUCUAAAAACUUAUUUCCAUGUUUCAGUGAACACUGAACAGCAUUGCUGAGGAUGUGUUAGCAGAGGUCAUGCUACUUUACAUGGAUAUCGUAUGUCCUUUAGCACAUCAUUUGUUCUCAAGAUACCAAUGACGAUGAAUCCAACAUGUUUGUUUUAUUUGUGUAUAAAAUUUGUGCUUGAUUGUAGAGAUUAAACCCAAGCUUUUAUGUAUCAUUUAAUUUUACUUUGUAAAUACAUCAUUUAACAG